AUGGUAAAGCAAAGAAGAGCCGCUGUCCUCCCGACGAACCUUCCUCAUCUCCAGUACCUCGUCAAGCGUGAUCCGGAGUCUUACCAGGAUGAGUUCCUGAUGCAAUGGAGGCAUUAUGAGUCUACGAGGGAUAUCUUCCUCGUUAAGCCGGAGGAUGAGGGUACGGAGUUUGCGGAGUUGGUCGGAUUUAUGGCACACGUCAGCAACUGCUAUCCUACAGAGACUGCAUCGUUUCCCAAUGACCUUACGAUGCUCCUCACCAACCACCACGCCGUCCUCCACCCUGAUCUGAGAGAGAAGUUGGUCCAGUCCCUCGUUUUGUUGAGAAAUAAGGACGUCAUCACUUCCAUCUCUCUUCUUCAGACUCUCUUCCCUCUCCUCGCCAACACUCCCUCCAAGAACCUCCGCGUACAGAUCUACAACACCAUCGUCUCCGAUAUCCGUGUGGCGAACCAGAAGGCAAAGAACCACCGCCUCAACAAGACUGUCCAGUCUGUUUUGUUCGGUAUGGUCGAGCAAGGUGCCGAGGAUGGAUCCAGCACUGCUGGUGCUUGGGCAGUCAAGCUCACCCGAGAGAUGUGGAAGCGCGGAAUUUGGGAUGAUGCACGUACUGUCGAGAUCAUGAAGGAGGCAGCGUUGCAUACCAACCACAAGGUCAUGUCCGGAGGAAUCCAUUUCUUUCUUGGCGCAGAUGACGAGAAGGCUGAGGCUUCGGACUCUGAGGAGGAGGAAGACAUUAGUAUCAAGAGGGUUUUGCACCAGAACGUUAUCAACAAGGGUUCGAAGAAGCGUGACAAGCAGUUCAGGCAGGCGAUCAAGAAGGUCCACAAGCAGAGGGAGAAGCGUCACCAGGUGUCUACUCUCAACUUCUCCGCUCUUCAUCUUCUUCACGACCCUCAAGGUUUCGCUGAACAGCUUUUCAGCAAGCACCUCACGAACUCUAAGACACGACUUAUCAUGGAGCAGAAGUUGGCAGUACUCCAGCUUGUUUCGCGUUUGAUUGGUGUACACAAGUUGUCCGUCCUCGGAUUCUACUCCUACAUUCUCAAAUUCCUCUCACCAAGCCAGCGCGACGUAACCCACUUCCUCGCCACCGCAGCUCAGGCCUCCCACGAGUUCGUACCUCCGGAUGUCCUCGAGCCCGUCAUCCGCCGUAUCGCGGACGAGUUCGUCACGGGUGGUGUCGCCCCCGAAGUCGUACAAGCCGGUAUCAACGGUAUCCGCGAGAUGUGUGCUCGUGCACCAUUGGCAAUGAAUCCCACCCUCCUCCACGACCUUACGGAAUACAAGGGAUCGAGAGAUAAGGGUGUCAUGAUGGCCGCGCGUGGAUUGAUCGGUCUUUACCGUGAUAUCGCACCCGAGAUGUUGAAGAAGAAGGAUCGUGGAAAGAAUGCUUCGAUGGGCAUGAAGACCCACUCUGAGCUCAAGUUUGGUCAAGAGCUCGGUGCGCAACGUGGGAUUGAGGGAUUGGAGUUGUUGGCGGAGUGGAAAAAGGAGCAGGAGGCGAAUAAGGGGAGUGGUGAUGAGGAGGAGGGUGAGGAGGAUGAUUGGGGACAGUGGGAGGUUGAGAGUGAUGAGAACAGUGAGGGCGAGGGUGAUUGGAUUGCUGUGCAGAGUGAUGGUGAGGACAUCGAGAUUUCAGACUCCGAGGAUGAGGAUGGCAAGAAGAAGGAGAAGACUGAGAAGGAGAAGCCUUUGGCAGCUGCGGAGAAGAGGUUCUCCGAGCUCGCCACCACCAAGAUCCUCACCCCCGCCGACUUUGCCAAGCUCGAGGAACUCCGCGUCCAAGCCGCCGCAAACAGAAUACUCGGCCUACGCGGCAAACAACCCCCCAAAACCGGCGAAUACGUCGACGCCGCCGCCAUCGAAGGUCCCCGCAAAAAGACCAAAGCAGACUACGCCGAACGCAUGGCCUCCGUCGCCGAAGGCCGCGAAGGCCGCGAGAAGUUCGGAUCUCGUAAGCAGUUCCGUGAUGAAGCUGGACGAUCUACUACGAAUAGGGAGAAGGCUCGUAAGAAGAACUUCAUGAUGAUUGUGCAUAAGCGGAGUGUGCAGGGUAAGUCGAAGAGGAGUUUGACGGAAAAGCAGAGGGUGUUGAGGGCGCAUGUUGACAAGCAGAAGAAGAAGGGACAUUAG